CCUCAGCAAGCCUAAACAUACACAUUCACACAUACAGCAGAGAGAGAGAGAGAGAGAGAGAGAGAGAGAGAGAUGGCGGAUUGGGGACCGGUGGUGAUAGCCACGGUGCUGUUCGUGCUGUUGACGCCGGGGUUGUUGUUUCAGAUACCGGGCAACGGCAGAUACGUGGGACUCUGCAAUAUGCAGACUAGCGGACUGGCGAUUCUGGUUCACUCCAUCAUCUUCUUCGCGCUCGUCGUUAUUUUUCUCAUCGCCAUCGGAGUUCACAUCAACACCGGCUAGCUACUUAUUCUGUUUCCAUUUGUAUCCUGCUUUAAUUUUUGAUACGCGUUUCUUUUGUUGUUUUGAUAUGUAUUGUAACAACCGAUUGUGAUUGUAAA